UUUAUUUUUGCUCACAUAGUGUUGCUCUUUCUUGUGUCAUUGAGAAGAGAACAUAUGUUUACGCUCUAAGUGCCUUAAAAAUAGUAAGGAGAAAAGAAAUAUGAAAUCCAUUAAAUCCAUGCGGAAGCCACCAUUAGCCGGCGUAGCAUAUUUGAAAAGAGAUGCGGAUUCUGACGUACAAUUUGAAUUGGAAUUAUAUUGGUGUAUCCAACAAUUGGAAACAGCACUGAAUGGAGGAAAACUCAGUCAAAAAAUUGCUGUUGACACCGUAAAAAAUAUAAAAAUUCUGAAAAGUUCCAAUGUUCCAUUAAUCAGAAAACGUCAAAUAAUGAAGGCUAUGUUAGGAGAUUAUCGGGCCAAAAUGAAAGAAGAGGAGAAAAAGAUGAGCAUAGCCUCGAAGCAAAUUAAGUUUACUGAGGACGCAAAUCUAAUUUCAGACAAUAUUAAAAAAUCAAGUUUCGUUAAGAAAUCAGCGAUACUAACAUCUGGUAAGGACUUUCGUUUCGAUUUCAAUGCUCGCACAAAACUCGAUGACUGUGCAAAGGAUAAUGAGCAACAUUUGCAAAAUAAUGCAGAACUUGAAGUUAAUAGUUUGCAUUUCACAAACGGCAGCCAAUUUAAGUUUAAUUUUGUAAUUGAAUAAAUGAACGAUAACAUCAGUGUGAGCUGGAAAUAAAAAACUAAUAGUCGCUACAACAAUUU